UCUCACUGACUUGCACAAAUAGUGAGUUUCGCUGUACAUCGGGACGUUGUAUUCCUGCUCAUUGGUACUGUGAUCAAGGAAUAGACUGUGCUGAUGGCUCUGAUGAACCUGCCUCUUGUGUGCCCCAAGUGCGGACUUGUUCAAGCGACCAGUUCAGAUGUGAUGAUGGCAGAUGUAUCCCAGCAACAUGGAUCUGUGAUGGUGAUAAUGACUGUGGGGAUAUGAGUGAUGAGGAUCAAAGACAUAAUUGUGCAAACCGCAACUGCACAGCAGCAGAGUUCACAUGCAUCAACAACCGACCCCCACUCAGGAGGUGCAUUCCUCGGGCAUGGAUCUGUGAUGGUGAUGCUGACUGCAGUGAUGCAUUUGAUGAACACCAGAACUGCACACGAAGACCUUGCACAGAGAAUGAGUUUACUUGUAGUAAUGGCUUGUGCAUCCGAAACACAUACAGAUGUGACAGGCGGAAUGACUGUGGUGACAGCAGUGAUGAGAGGGGAUGCAUCUAUGAACCAUGUCAACAGCACCAGUUUACUUGUCAGAAUGGACGCUGCAUUUCCAAGGCCUACAUCUGUGAUGGGGAUAAUGACUGUGGUGAUGAAUCUGAUGAGCUGGAACAACUCUGUAGUACACCAGAAGCAACCUGCUCUCCACAUCAUUUUAAAUGUGACAAUGGAAACUGCAUUGAAAUGGUUAAAGUGUGCAAUCGGUUGGAUGAUUGCUUAGAUAAUAGUGAUGAAAAAGGAUGUGGUAUAAAUGAAUGCAGUGACCCUUCAAUCAGUGGAUGUGAUCAUGACUGUACAGACACACAGACAAGCUUCUACUGUUCUUGUCAUCCUGGAUACAAACUUAUGUCUGAUAAACAGACUUGUGAUGAUAUUGAUGAGUGCAAUGAAACUCCUUCAGUAUGUAGCCAGAUUUGUGAGAACACAGCUGGCUCCUACAUCUGUAAGUGUGCCCCAGGCUAUAUCCGGGAGCCUGACGGAAAAAGUUGCCGGCAAAAUAGUAAUAUCUCCCCAUACCUUAUUUUUAGCAACCGUUACUAUCUGAGAAAUCUCACAGCAGAUGGCCAGUCUUACUCUCUCAUUUUGCAAGGACUGAGAAAUGUGGUGGCACUGGACUUUGACAGGGUGGAAAAGAGGUUGUACUGGAUUGAUGUGGGGAGGAAGGUCAUUGAACGAAUGUUCCUAAAUGGAACAAAUAAGGAGGCAGUGAUAAGUGAUGAUGUGCCCAACGGGGAAGGUAUCGCUGUUGACUGGGUUGGCAGAAAAUUGUACUGGGUGGAUGCCUACAAAGAUUGUCUCUAUGUCUCUGAACUUGAUGGAAGAUUCCGGAAAAAACUGGUGGAUCAGUGUGUGGAUGCCAACAACACUUUCUGCUUUCAGUACCCCAGAGCAAUUGUUGUUCAUCCAAAAUAUGGACAGAUUUACUGGACAGACUGGGCAGAUCGAGCCUAUAUUGGACGAGCAGGCAUGGAUGGCAAGGAGAAGACGGUGAUUAUCUCUACAAAGUUAGAGUGGCCCAAUGGACUCACCAUAGAUUACACCAAUGACAAGCUCUACUGGGCAGAUGCCCAUCUAAAUUACAUUGAAUACUCUGAUCUGGAUGGACAUCAUCGUCACACAGUAUAUGAUGGGACUUUACCUCAUCCGUUUGCAAUAACAAUUUUUGAGGACACGAUAUAUUGGACUGACUGGAACACAAGAACAGUUGAAAAGGGAAAUAAAUAUGACGGAUCAGACAGGACUGUUCUUGUGAACACCACACACAGGCCAUUUGACAUCCAUAUUUACCAUCCAUACAGACAGCCAUUUGUUAAUAAUCCUUGUGGCACCAACAAUGGUGGUUGUUCCCAUCUUUGUCUAAUAAAAGCUGGUGGUCAGGGUUAUUCCUGUGAAUGUCCUGAUAACUUCAUGAUAGUACAGUUCGGCAAUACAGCCCACUGCCUUCCAAUGUGCUCUAGCACCCAGUUUCUCUGUGCAGACACUGAGAGGUGUAUUCCUAUCUGGUGGAAAUGUGAUGGACAGAGGGACUGUCGAGAUGGCUCUGAUGAGCCCCCUACCUGUCCACACCGAUACUGUCCAGUUGGUCAGUUCCAGUGUAAUGAUGGGAACUGCACAAGUCCACAUUUCUUGUGCAAUACCCAGCCAGAUUGCCAUGACAGAUCAGAUGAAGAUCCUGUACUUUGUGCUAAUCACCAGUGUGAAACUCACCAGUGGCAGUGUGCCAAUAAACGAUGUAUCCCAGAAGCCUGGCAGUGUGAUAGAGAGGAUGACUGUGGUGACAAUUCGGAUGAAGAUAGUACUUACUGUGCCAGUAGAACCUGUCCUCCAGGCCAAUUUAAAUGUGACAAUGGCCGCUGCAUCCCACAGUCCUGGAAGUGUGAUGUGGAUGAUGAUUGUGGUGAUAACUCUGAUGAGCCAUUCCACGAAUGCAUGGGCCCUGCCUAUCGGUGUGACAAUCACACGCAAUUCAGCUGUAGAACCAACUACCGUUGCAUACCAUUUUGGGCAGUGUGCAAUGGGAAUGAUGACUGCAGAGACAACAGUGAUGAACAAGGCUGUGAGGAGAUGACUUGCAGUCCUUUUGGAGAUUUCCGUUGUGACAAUCAUCGAUGUAUCCCUCUGCGCUGGAAGUGUGAUGGAGAUAAUGACUGUGGAGAUAACUCUGAUGAGCACAACUGCAGUCCUCGUGAGUGCACAGAAAGUGAAUACCGUUGUGACAAUUUGCGCUGCAUUCCUUCCCGGUGGAUCUGCGAUCAUGAUGAUGACUGUGAAGACAAUUCAGAUGAACGUGACUGUGAGCUGAGGACCUGCCACCCAGGUUAUUUCCAGUGUGAUAGUGGACACUGUGUUGCAGAGCGCUUCAGAUGUGAUGGAAAUGCAGACUGCCUGGAUUUCUCUGAUGAAGCAACUUGUCCAACACGGUAUCCUAAUGGUACAUACUGUCCGCCCAUGCUGUUUGAGUGUAAAAACCAUGUCUGUAUCCAGCCAUACUGGAAAUGUGAUGGUGAUAAUGACUGUGGAGAUGACUCCGAUGAAGAACUUCACCUUUGCUUGGAUAUUGCUUGUGAUUCUCCGUUCCGUUUCCGAUGUGAAAACAAUCGCUGUGUAUAUAGUCAUGAGCUGUGCAACCAGGAGGAUGACUGUGGAGAUGGAAGUGAUGAGAAAGAGGAACACUGUAGAGAACCAACCCCAAGACCUUGUACGACUGAAGAAUUCAAGUGCAGUAACGGAAAUUGCAUUCCUCUACAUUAUGUCUGUGACAAUUAUGAUGACUGUGGAGACCAUUUUGAUGAAAUGGGCUGCAAUCCUGGAACAGAGCGAACUUGUGCAGAAAGUAUCUGUGAACAUAACUGUACCAACCUGAAUGAAGGAGGCUUUAUCUGUUCCUGUAGGCCAGGGUACAAGGCCAGUGAAACUAACCGAAACUCCUGUGAUGAUGUCAAUGAGUGUGAGAUCUUUGGAACAUGCACCCAGGACUGCCAGAAUUCCAAAGGAAGCUAUGAAUGUUUCUGUGCAGAUGGCUUCAGGUCUGUGGGUGAUCAACAAGGAAAACAGUGCGCAGCUAAUGGUAAUCCUCCGUUGUUACUGCUGCCAGAUAACGUGCGGAUUCGAAGAUACAAUAUCUCAUCAGAACAGUACUCUGACUAUAUUGAUAACCAGGAGCGCAUCCAAGCUCUGGAUUAUGAUUGGGACCCUGAAGGGAUAGGCCUGAGUAUUGUGUACUUCAGCAUUCUGGGACGGGGUUCUGAGUUUGGAGCCAUCAAACGUGCUUAUCUGCCCACAUUUGACAGCAGCAGGAACAAUCCUACAAAGGAAGUUGACUUGAAUCUCAAAUACAUAGUUAAUCCUGAUGGGUUAGCUGUUGACUGGGUUGGAAGACAUCUUUACUGGACUGAUGCAGGGACUAAUCGCAUAGAGGUGGCAAAAUUAGAUGGACGGUACAGAAAAUGGCUUAUCUUUUCUCUGUUGGAUCAACCAGCAGCUAUUGCUGUCAAUCCAAAACGUGGGCUCAUGUAUUGGACUGACUGGGGAAGGCAGCCAAAGAUUGAAUGUGCUUGGAUGGAUGGACAACAAAGACAAACUCUGGUCUCUGAAGACCUUGGCUGGCCAACAGGACUUUCUAUUGAUUAUUUGAACAACGAUAGGAUCUAUUGGAGUGAUUCUAAAGAAAAUAUUAUCGAAUCCAUGAGACCUGAUGGGACAGACAGAACCAUAGUAUUACAUGGAGUAGGCAGUCCAUACAGCCUUGAUGUUUUUGAAGGCCAUUUGUAUUGGAUAGCUAAAGAACGAGGAGAAGUCUGGAAGAAAGAUAAAUUUGGAAGUGGAGAAAAAGUGAAAGUGCUGACCGUAAAUCCGUGGCUUACUCAAGUGCGUGUCUAUCACCAGCACAGAUACAAUCAGUCAGUGCCUAAUCCUUGUAAAGAUGUCUGCAGCCACCUCUGCUUGCUGAGACCAGGAGGGUACACCUGCACUUGUCCUCAAGGGACUCGAUUCAUAGAAGGCAGCAGCACAGAAUGUGAUGCAGCUAUUGAAUCCCCUCCCACAAUGCCACCAGCAUGCAGGUGCAUGUAUGGAGGAACAUGUUAUAUAGAUGAAACUGGUCUUCCGAAAUGCAAGUGUUCUUAUGGCUACACUGGGAAUUAUUGUGAAAUAGGAUUGUCAAAGGGAGUGCCUCCUGGAACAACAGUAGCAGUGUUGCUGACAGUCAUACUAAUCAUAAUAAUUGGAGUGUUAGCAGUUGGAGGCUUUUUUAACUACAGACGAACAGGCUCCCUUUUACCAGCGCUUCCCAAACUACCAAGUUUAAGCAGUCUUGUAAAAUCUACUGAAAAUGGCAAUGGGGUAACUUUUCGAUCUGGGGCAGAUGUGAAUAUGGACAUAGGAGUCUCUGGCUUUGGAGGAGACUCUGCUAUAGACAGAGCAAUGCAAAUGAAUGAAAACUUUGCAGUGGAGUUAGGGAAACAGCCGAUCACAUUUGAAAAUCCAAUGUAUGCAACCAGAGAUGGUGGAGCCAGCACAGCCAGUGCAGUUACAGUCGUUCGGCCAACACAUGUAGCAGCAGCUGGUAGUGAGGAAAAAAAUGAAAAUUUUGAAAAUCCUGUGUAUGCCUCUGUGAUAUCUGCUAGUCUGAAGGAACCCCCUCAGAGUACAGAUGCACCUCAGGAAUCAAAGUGGAGUUUCUUCAAGAGAAAAAUGAAACAAAACACUAAUUUUGAAAACCCAAUAUAUGCGGAGAUGGAAAAGGAACAGCAACAGGAGACAGAAAAUGUCCCUACUCAUUCUCCUUCAUUGCCUCCCAAGAUUACUCUGAAGAGAGACCAGCCGUUAGCUUAUACAGCAACAGAGGAUACAUUUAAAGACACCGCCAAUCUUGUUAAGGAGGACUCUGUGGUAUAA